AUGUUCAAAUUUCUGUCGUGGAUGCAGAUGUCGUGCUGGCUCUUGUCGCAUGCAGAAGCCAGCAUCAGCAAUCUGAAACAAGCAGCGCUUGUUAAAGCUCCAGUCAUGCCAACUCUGUACGCUAUAGUGCAGUAUUUGGAUAUUGCAGCGAACCAAGAGUAUUUGGUGGAAAGGAUCAAAGCCGCUGCCGGGGAGCCGGAGGUGCGGGGCGAGGGCCCGCGGUGGGGCUCGCUCUGCGACCGCCGCUGCGCCGCCAUUAACGACCAGCAUGGCGACCUGGGGUCCCUGUGCCACCACCCACACCCGCUCGCCUCUCGCCCGCAGUCGUCACACCAGCAGCACUUGAACGAGGUGCCGGCGUGCGAGAGCUGCGGGGCAAAGACCACGCUGACGGCCGAGAGCGCGGUGGAGGCCAACAAGCUCUCCAACGACGUCAAGUUCGGCUUCAAGAAGUGGAAGAGCCACGCGACCGCCCGGCCCUGGGAGGACCGCUCGGAGAUCAGGAAGGAGCUCUACUCCAACCUGAACGUCAUCCGCGGCUUUGGAGGCUCCACGGUGACGUUGGGCAGCGUCCUCUACGCGCUGCUCUUCGGCUGGUGGCUGGCGCUCCUCUACGUCCUGGUGGCCGCCGAGAUGUUCCUCACCGUCGUAGGGGCUCCUUACGGGCGGCUCUGCAGGGACCUGGGCGUCUACUUCCUCUGGCCCUUCAGCAAAGUGAUCCAGCGGGUGGAGUACUACUACAAGUACGCCGUGGAUGGCAUCAACGUCUUCGCUGUCAACCUGCUGCUGCUGGUGGUGGUGAUGCUGGUGCUCGGCUACGUGGACGGGCGCAGCCGGCUGACGAGCUCGCCCGUGAAGUUCGCCCUGGCACUGCUCUCCAUCAUGCCCCUCUCCGACUACAUCAGCAUGGCCAUCGCCAGCAUCUCGGCGCAGAGCAACGUCGCGGUGGGGGCGGUGGUGAACACCACGUUCGGCUCCAUCACAGAGCUCACCUUCUACAUCACGGCGCUCAUCAAGGGCGCCCGCAAGGGCAGCAAGUGCUACGAGGAGAUCGUCAAGGCGGAGCUGACGGGCACCCUGGUGGGCUGCGUCCUCCUGGUCCCGGGCUUGUGCACGGUCAUAGGAGGCAUCCGGCACCAGGAGCAGAGGUUCAACAGCUGCUCGGCGGGUGUCAGCUCGGCCCUGCUCUUCCUCUCCGUGGGAGGCGUCUUCGCCCUGAUGCUCUUCUCCAAGGUGUACGGGAGGCUGGUGUGUGGCGAGUGCCACAACGUCACCCAGAACGUGCUGGGCCACUACCUCUGCCAGAGCUGCCACUUCGACCUGGUGCAGAACAACAGCAUGCUCUACUACAGCCACAUCCAGCCCCCGGUGUACACAGUGUCCCUGCUGCUCCCUGCCGCCUACCUCAUCGGCCUCUUCUUCACCCUGAAAACUCACUUGCACAUCUAUGACAUCCACAUCAGCAACUGUCACAGGCCCAGCCACCACCACAGCGCCGUGGACCACUGGUCUCGGUGGAGGGCACUGGUCAUCCUCCUGCUUGUUGCAGAGGUGGGAGGGGACCAGGUCUUGGGGAAGACUUUGCAAGGUACCUAUUUACCACUAGCUCACCAUGACAUGGUACCCACCUACCUGCACCCAAACCUCUUCUGCUCGCUGGAGCUUUAA